UUCGAAAUUGGUCAAGCGAACGCAGCCCGAUAGGUUGAAGGGUAACGGUAUUAAAAACAUAGAAGAAACGGGACUUUAGUCGUUCGGACGUUAUUUCAGCGUCAUCGAACGCGCGAUUUGCGAUUUUAGCUAUCUAGGAACGCCCGCGUGUGCCGCGGCCCAUCCCGACGACCGUUCGACAUUCGACAACAAAGAUGGCGUUUGAGGUUAAAAAAUUCGCGUUUUUCGUCGAUAUUGCCAAUUUUUUCGUUUGAGUUUUUUUUUGCGCGCCACGUUUAUUUCGACGAUGAGCUCGAGGCGAUUCGCAACGACGAUCGGUCGAAAAAUAUUCCAAGGCCUGCUGCGUGACGCGGAAUGUUUGCUAUCGAUCUCUUACAGGUGGUUUUGGCCCACUAUCAGCGGCAUCGAGGCCGAGAGGGUGUUGAUGGAAAGGGGAGUAGAUUGCAGUUUCCUGGCUCGUCCCAGCUCGUCGAAUCCCGGCGAUUUUACGUUGUCCGUGAGGCGAAAUGGUGAGGUCACCCACAUCAAAAUCCAAAAUUCGGGCGACUUUUACGACUUGUACGGGGGUGAAAAGUUCGCCACCCUGUCGGAACUCGUGCAGUAUUACACAGAGAAACAGGGCCAGCUGAAGGAGAAGAACGGGGAAAUAAUCGAACUGAAAUAUCCUCUGAACUGCGACGGGCCGACCACCGAAAGAUGGUUUCACGGCCACCUGUCCGGCAAGGAGGCUGAAAAACUGAUCCUGGACAGGGGGAAAAACGGCAGUUUCCUGGUGAGGGAGAGCCAAUCGAAGCCGGGCGAUUUCGUCUUGUCCGUCAGGACCGACGACAAAGUGACCCACGUGAUGAUUAGAUGUACGCCGGACAACAAGUACGACGUCGGCGGGGGGGAAAAGUUCAACACGCUCGCCGAGCUCAUCGAACACUACAAAAAGAACCCGAUGGUGGAAACGUCGGGCACCGUGGUCCACCUCAAGCAGCCUUUUAACGCGACCAGGAUCGCCGCCUCCGGCAUUCACUCCAGGGUGAAACAGUUGCAGUCGGAAAAUAAUGGCCCUUACGCGUUCGGGAAGGCCGGGUUCUGGGAGGAGUUCGAGUCCCUGCAGCAGCAGGAGUUCAAGCACCUGUACUCGCGCAAGGAGGGAAACAGGCCGGAAAAUCGAAACAAGAACCGAUACAAGAACAUACUGCCGUUCGACGACACGCGCGUUAAGCUGAAAAACGUGGACCCCGGCGUCGUCGGCGCCGACUACAUCAACGCCAAUUACAUUCGGUGGCGGUCGGACGACGGCGGCGUCGCCGCCGCCGCCCCCGGCUCCGACGACCCUGGCGGCAAGGUGUACAUCGCGACGCAGGGGUGCCUGCCGUCGACCGUCGCCGAUUUCUGGCAAAUGGUGUGGCAGGAAAAUUGCCGCGUGAUCGUCAUGACCACCAAAGAGACGGAGAGGGGGAAAAACAAGUGCGCGCGCUACUGGCCCGACCAGAACUGCGCAAAGGAGUACGGCAGGGUGACGGUGAAGAGUCUGAUCGAGUCGUCGACCGCGCAUUACACGCUGCGCGAGUUCCUGGUGGGGACGGUAGGAUCGGGAUGCGAGAGGCGCGUCUACCAUUACCAUUUCACCGCGUGGCCGGACCACGGCGUGCCGUCGGAUCCGGGCUGCGUCCUCAAUUUCCUCCACGAGGUCAACAAGCGGCAGGAGAGCCUGCAGCAGGAGUCGCAGGACGGGCAGCAGCCCGGCGCCAUACUCGUCCAUUGUUCCGCCGGCAUCGGUCGUACGGGCACGUUCAUCGUCAUCGACAUGAUACUCGACCAGCUGAAAAAGUACGGCCUGGAUUGCGAGAUAGACAUCCAGCGUACGAUCCAGAUGGUGAGGUCCCAGCGUUCGGGGAUGGUCCAGACCGAGGCCCAGUACAAGUUCGUUUACCUCGCGGUGCAGCAUCACAUCGAGACCGUCACCGAACGGAUGAAAGCGGAACAGAAGUCGAUGCAGUCUGGCCGGGAGUACACGAACAUACGGUACAGCAAUGACAUGGGCAGUCUGGGUUCGAGCCCGUCCGGUAUAUUGGGCAGUACGUCCUCCCUGUCCGGUCGGCCGUCGAGCGUGUCCCAUUUUCCCCCGUCUCCGAGUCCGGCGGCGGCGGCGACGAAGAAAGCUCCCAGGGCGGUCUCCGAAGUGCCUCUCCCAAGGCCCCCGGAGGACAUGGUCAGGCCGACCCUCUACGAGAACAUCAUGGGUGGCGGGUCGGGGGGCGGGGCUUCGUGUCCCGCGGCGCCGCCGCCGCCUCCCAGGAAAGCAUGACGUCAUACUUACAUAUUCUAGGUGUUACUACGUGUACCUUCUCGUUUCGGUGCUAAAACAGGCGCGCGCGUUGGGGCUCCGCCCCCCUCAGCGACGCCGCUGAAUGUGAUAGAGUUAAAGAAAAAAGUGUUCGGGCGCGUCGCCCCUUCCUACCCCUCCCUCCUCCCCAAAAAAAAAAGACGCGCUAGUGUACUCCAAGUCUCUAUCUCUGUGUCUUCGUGCAUUUAACUCGCCCUCCUCCCACCCAAUUUCCCCCCAACCUUCCCCCACUCCUCGGAGUAUUUUCGAAAUGGCUGUUUUCCGAGAGACCACGCUCUCGGCUCGUUUGUAUUCCCGUUCAGUGAUUUUUUCCGCGAGCUUUAGCUUUAGUCUAUUAUUACGUUAAUUUUUUUCGUCGUACUUUAUUAAAGAUAUUUUCCGAA